CACAGCCGUAGCCCGUGGCGGAGGCGCGGGCGCGCUCAGGCCCUGUGCUGGGCGGCCCGGGCGGCCGCACCAUGGAUCCCGGCACCGAGGAAUACGAGCUCAACGGCGACCUGCGCCCUGGCUCUCCCGGUUCCCCCGACGCCUCGCCACCCCGCUGGGGUUUGAGGAACCGGCCCAUCAAUGUAAACCAUUACGCCAACAAGAAGAGCGCCGCGGAGAGCAUGCUGGACAUCGCGCUGCUCAUGGCCAACGCGUCGCAGCUCAAGGCCGUGGUGGAGCAGGGCAAUGAGUUCGCCUUCUUCGUGCCCCUCGUGGUGCUCAUCUCCAUCUCUCUUGUGCUGCAGAUCGGAGUGGGCGUGCUGCUCAUCUUCCUGGUCAAGUAUGACCUCAACAACCCAGCCAAGCACGCCAAGCUGGACUUCCUUAACAACCUGGCCACGGGGCUGGUUUUCAUCAUCGUGGUGGUCAACAUCUUCAUUACGGCCUUUGGUGUCCAGAAGCCUGUCAUGGACGUGGCACCCCGGCAGUAGGAUGCCCAGAGACCUUGAAGGUAUCUGACCUGCAGCCCAGCUGUCCAGACCCCUGCAACUGCUGUAUCCCCAAGGCAUCCCUCUCCUGUUCACAGCCCAAGGUGGCCUCCGCUGGACCAUGGUCAAGGAUGGACUUCCGUCCAACUGUGACUGCUGUGUGGACGGCCACCCGAGGCGUGUGGGAACUGGAUGCAAAGCUAUGAAGAUCAGAACUGGACAGUUCCACCGAAACCCACGCCCAGAGGAUGGUCACUGCCCGCCCUAGGACAUGCAGCAAAUCCAUGAUUGGACUCGACGAGGGGCCAGAACUGAUCUCUGUCUCAGGACGUUCCAGAAGGACCAGGAUAUGCCCCUCCCUUUGCUGAUACACCAGUGACCCUACUUCUCAUGGAGCCUGCACAGGUCACCCUGGAGACUGCUGUCUUUGUUGUGUCCUGACCCAGGGACCUUGGACAGUCAUCAGUACCUGCUGGCUCCAGCCUCAGUGCCUGGGCUUGGCAGUGCCUCUUGGCAUCGAGAGGCAGCCAUGCCUGUGGGGGCUGCAGGUCAUGCUGGUACCUUCUACCAGUAGUGACUUGGGAAGAGUCCCAGCCCCCAACUCAGGGGCUCAGGCCCCACUUUUCUAAUCAGGAAUGACAAUAAAGCUUAUGUGCUUCCCUGC